CUUGCGUCAGCAAGGAGCGGGGCUGGGGGCACCCGUUUUGAAGUCGACUGCUGGCCGGCGGCUGCUGCUGUUGCUGUUUCUUUUGCUGGUGCUGCUGCGGCUGAGCUCCCUCCAACUCCCUUCCUUCCGCGAGGACCGGCUCCGAGAGGCCUCGGGACAGAUGCGCGAGAGGCCGCCCCGGGGUUCACUCGGUGUUUAGGCUCCCGGCCCCGAGGCCUCGGGCCUUGCUCCCCGCCUCGGGGGCCCCGUGCUAGAGCCUCAGCCGCCCCCCCCCCAACACAGCGCCCCGGGAGCACCGAACCGCCGCACCCCCUGCGGUGUCGGACCGGCCGGCCAUGGCCGUCUCCAGGCUUGAUCGUCUUUUUAUCUUAUUGGAUACUGGCACCACUCCAGUAACAAGAAAAGCAGCUGCUCAGCAACUUGGGGAAGUGGUGAAACUCCAUCCCCAUGAACUAAAUAAUCUUUUAUCUAAAGUACUGAUAUAUUUAAGGAGUACAAAUUGGGAUACCCGAAUUGCAGCUGGACAAGCUGUUGAAGCCAUAGUGAAAAAUGUACCUGAGUGGAAUCCGGUGCCAAGAUUGAAGCAAGAACCUACUUCAGAAAGUUCUCUGGAAGAUUCGUCGGCCACAGAUCGAUUGAGUUUUGACAGAUUUGACAUCUGUAGAUUACUGCAACAUGGAGCAUCACUUCUUGGGUCUGCAGGUGCAGAAUUUGAAGUCCAAGAUGACAAAUCAGGGGAAGUGGACCCUAAAGAGAGAAUAGCUCGCCAGCGCAAACUGUUACAGAAGAAACUUGGCCUUGAUAUGGGAGCAGCAAUUGGAAUGAAUACUGAAGAGCUCUUUAAUGAUGAAGAUCUGGACUACACCCCAGCUUCAGCUUCCCUUGUAAACAAACAACCUGCUCUUCAAGCUGCUGAGUUGAUUGACUCAGAGUUUCGAGCAGGGAUGAGCAACAGACAAAAGAAUAAAGCUAAAAGAAUGGCAAAAUUAUUUGCAAAACAAAGAUCCAAGGAUGCAGUGGAAAGCAAUGAAAAGAGCAAUGAUAGUGCCGAUGGGGAACCAGAAGAAAAGAGACGGAAGAUAGCCAAUGUUGUUAUUAAUCAACCUGCAACUGAGUCCAAGGUCUUGAUUGAUAAUGUGCCAGACAAUUCUUCCUUAUUUGAAGAGACAAAUGAAUGGCCUUUGGAAAGUUUUUGUGAAGAACUGUGUAAUGAUCUUUUUAAUCCAUCCUGGGAGGUUCGACAUGGUGCAGGUACUGGAUUAAGGGAGAUUCUCAAAGCUCAUGGGAAAAGUGGUGGUAAAAUAGGAGAUAGCACUUUAGAGGAGAUGAUCCAGCAGCAUCAAGAUUGGUUGGAAGACUUGGCUAUUAGACUCCUUUGUGUUUUUGCAUUAGACAGAUUUGGUGACUUUGUUUCAGAUGAAGUUGUAGCACCAGUUCGUGAAACUUGUGCUCAAACUUUAGGUGUGGUGUUAAAACACAUGAAUGAAACAGGAGUUCAUAAGACUGUGGAUGUUCUUCUUAAAUUGCUCACACAAGAACAGUGGGAAGUGAGGCAUGGUGGCCUAUUAGGAAUAAAAUAUGUUUUAGCAGUUCGUCAGGAUGUAAUUAAAACUUUAUUACCUAAAGUUUUGACCAAAAUAAUUGAAGGACUCCAAGACCUUGACGAUGAUGUCAGGGCUGUUGCUGCAGCAUCAUUAGUGCCAGUGGUGGAUAGUCUUGUCCAUCUUCAGUCACAAAAGGUACCUUUUAUUAUAAAUACCUUAUGGGAUGCUCUUCUGGAACUAGAUGAUCUCACCGCUUCAACAAACAGUAUCAUGACCCUUCUUUCAUCCCUUCUCACUUAUCCUCAGGUCCAACAGUGCAGUAUCCAACAGUCACUUACAGUUUUAGUACCACGUGUAUGGCCAUUUUUGCAUCACACUAUAUCAUCAGUUCGAAGAGCAGCAUUGGAAACGCUAUUUACAUUAUUGUCAACACAGGACCAGAGCUCUUCAUCCUGGUUAACACCUAUCCUACAGGAUAUGCUGCGACACAUUUUUCAGUUUUGUAUUUUGGAAAGCAGCCAAGAAAUUCUGGACCUUAUUCACAAGGUAUGGAUGGAACUGUUAAGCAAGGCUUCAGUGCAAUAUGUAGUGGCAGCAGCUUGCCCGUGGAUGGGUGCCUGGCUUUGCUUAAUGAUGCAGCCUUCUCAUUUACCUAUUGAUUUAAAUAUGCUUCUGGAGGUAAAAUCCAGAUCUAAGGAAAAAACAGGUGGUAAGAUGCGCCAGGGUCAAAACCAAAGUAAAGAAGUACUCCAAGAAUAUAUUGCAGGUGCAGAUAGCAUUAUGGAAGACCCUGUAAUGAGAGACUUUGUUGUUAUGCGGGCCAGAGUGACGGCAGCCAAGUUGUUGGGAGCACUUUGUUGCAAUAUUUGUGAUCCAAGUGUAAAUGUAGCUUCUCAAGACAUUAAACCAGCUGAGUCUCUUGGCCAGUUGCUACUUUUCCACCUGAAUUCAAAAUCAGCUUUGCAAAGGAUUAGUGUUUCUUUAGUGAUCUGUGAAUGGGCUGCUUUACAAAAGGAAUGUAAAGCUGUGGCCUUAGCUGUGCAACCACGUUUACUUGGUAUCCUGUCAGAACAUCUGUAUUAUGAUGAGAUUGCUGUUCCAUUUACCCGGAUGCAGAAUGAAUGUAAACAGCUUAUUACAUCAUUGGCUGAUGCACAUAUUGAAGUUAAUAGCAGAGUAAAUUACAAUGUGUUUACCAUAGAUCAGGCUAAUGAACUGGUCACUACUGUUUUUAAUGAAGUCACAUCAUCUUUCAAUUUAAAUCCCAAAGUGUUACAGCAUUUAGAUAGUAAGCGGCAACAAGUUCAAAUGACUGUUGCAGAAACAAAUCAGGAAUGGCAAGUGCUGCAACUGAGAGUCCAUACAUUUGCUGCAUGUGCAGUUGUGAAUUUACAGCAGCUUCCAGAAAAAUUAAACCCUGUCAUAAAACCAUUAAUGGAGACUAUUAAAAAAGAGGAGAAUACACUGGUACAGAAUUAUGCUGCUAUGUGCAUAGCAAAAUUACUUCAGCAGUGUACAUCAAGAACUCCUUGUCCUAAUUCAAAGAUAAUUAAAAACCUCUGCAGUUCACUCUGUGUGGACCCACAUCUCACUCCAUGUGUUGCCUGUCCAGCACCACCCCAAAGCGGCCAUGAAAAUUCUAAAGUAGGACAAAACACAGAUAAAGAUGGAAUGCAUCACACAGUCACUAAGCACAGAGGUAUAAUCACCCUCUACAGGCAUCAGAAAGCUGCUUUUGCCAUCACAAGCAGACGAGGCCCUACUCCUAAAGCAGCAAAAGCUCAACUUGCAGAUUUCCCCACAGGAAGCAGUGGAAAUAUCCCUGCUGAGUUUGAUGAGGCACAGAAACCAUAUUUAGUGCAGCGGAGAGGGGCUGAAUUUGCUUUGUCAACUAUAGUGAAACAUUUUGGUCGUGAAAUGGCUGUAAGUCUACCACAUCUCUGGGAUGCUAUGGUUGGCCCCCUGAGGAAUACAAUUAAUAUAAAAAGUUUUGAUGGAAAGUCCCUACUGGAAAGGGGAGAUGGCCCUGCCCAAGAAUUGGUGAAUUCUCUGCAAGUUUUUGAAACAGCAGCAGCUGCAAUGGAUACUGAGCUUCAUCCUUUGUUGGUACAGCAUUUGCCCCAUCUAUACAUGUGCCUUCAGUACCCCAACACUGCAGUGAGGCACAUGGCUGCUCGUUGUGUGGGAGUCAUGAGCAAAAUAGCUACCAUGGAAACAAUGAAUAUUUUUUUAGAGAAGGUUCUUCCAUGGAUAGGAGCAAUUGAUGAUAGUACCAAACAAGAAGGUGCAAUUGAAGCACUUGCCGCUGUAAUGGAACAACUAGAUGUUGGGAUUGUUCCAUAUAUUGUUCUUUUAGUUGUACCUGUAUUGGGAAGAAUGAGUGAUCAGACAGAUAGUGUACGAUUCAUGGCUACACAGUGCUUUGCAACAUUAAUUAGGCUAAUGCCACUUGAGGCAGGCAUUCCUGACCCUCCAAAUAUGUCAGAAGAAUUAAUCAAGUUGAAAGCCAAAGAGCGACACUUCUUGGAGCAGUUAUUGGAUGGGAAAAAAUUAGAAAAUUAUAAAAUUCCAGUUCCGAUCAAAGCUGAACUAAGAAAAUAUCAGCAGGAUGGUGUGAAUUGGUUGGCAUUUCUUAAUAAAUACAAGCUUCAUGGAAUUCUUUGUGAUGACAUGGGUUUAGGAAAAACGUUACAGUCUAUUUGCAUUCUAGCUGGAGACCACUGUUUCAGAGCCCAGGAAUACGCAAGAUCUAAAUUAGCAGAAUGCAUGCCGCUUCCAUCGUUGGUGGUUUGUCCUCCCACUCUAACAGGUCACUGGGUUGAUGAAGUAGGUAAAUUUUGUUCCAAAGAGUAUCUCAAUCCUUUGCACUACACUGGACCUCCAACUGAAAGAGUAAGGUUACAGCACCAAGUCAAAAAACAUAAUCUGAUAGUAGCUUCUUAUGAUGUUGUGCGGAAUGACAUAGACUUUUUUAAAAAUAUUAAAUUUAACUACUGUAUUCUUGAUGAAGGCCAUGUCAUCAAAAAUGGGAAAACAAAAUUAUCAAAAGCUGUAAAACAGUUGACUGCCAAUUAUAGGAUCAUUCUUUCUGGAACACCAAUCCAGAACAACGUUUUGGAGCUCUGGUCACUCUUUGAUUUCCUUAUGCCAGGAUUUUUGGGUACAGAACGUCAGUUUGCAGCUCGUUAUGGUAAACCUAUCUUAGCAAGUAGGGAUGCUCGAAGCUCCAGUCGAGAACAAGAAGCAGGAGUUCUUGCAAUGGAAGCACUGCAUCGCCAGGUCCUCCCAUUUCUCUUGAGAAGAAUGAAAGAGGAUGUUUUGCAGGAUCUUCCACCCAAAAUUAUUCAAGAUUAUUACUGCACUCUUAGCCCUCUACAGGUUCAGCUGUAUGAAGAUUUUGCUAAGUCUCGUGCCAAAUGUGAUGUUGAUGAAACUGUUUCUACAGCUGCACUUAGUGAAGAAACUGAAAAGCCAAAGCUAAAGGCUACAGGACAUGUGUUCCAGGCAUUACAGUAUUUACGUAAACUAUGCAACCAUCCAGCAUUAGUCUUAACAGCCCAGCACCCUGAAUUCAAGAAUACUACUGAACAACUGGCAGCUCAGAACUCUUCUCUUCGGGAUAUUCAACAUGCUCCUAAACUCUCUGCCUUGAAACAGCUGCUACUGGACUGUGGUUUGGGAAAUGCUAGUACUUCAGAGAGUGGCACAGAAGCUGUUGUGGCCCAGCACAGGAUACUCAUCUUCUGCCAGCUCAAAAGCAUGCUGGACAUAGUAGAACAUGAUCUUCUCAAACCUCACCUGCCCUCUGUCACAUAUCUGCGGCUAGAUGGAAGCAUACCUGCUGGUCAAAGGCAUUCCAUUGUCUCACGAUUCAACAAUGACCCAUCCAUAGAUGUUCUUUUACUGACUACACAUGUUGGCGGACUGGGUCUUAACUUAACAGGAGCUGAUACAGUUGUAUUUGUUGAACAUGACUGGAAUCCUAUGAGGGAUUUACAAGCAAUGGAUCGAGCACAUCGUAUUGGCCAGAAACGAGUCGUUAAUGUAUAUCGAUUAAUAACAAGAGGAACAUUGGAAGAGAAAAUAAUGGGUUUGCAGAAAUUCAAAAUGAAUAUUGCAAAUACUGUUAUUAGCCAAGAGAAUGCUAGUCUUCAGAGCAUGGGGACCGAUCAACUUCUUGACCUGUUUACCCUUGACAAGGAUGGAAAAGUGGAAAAAGCAAAUACCUCAACAACUUCUGGAAAAGCAAGUAUGAAGUCAAUCCUGGAGAACCUCAGUGAUCUUUGGGAUCAAGAUCAAUACGACACUGAGUACAGUCUUGAAAAUUUUAUGCAUUCUCUCAAAUAACUAUCAAUUCUCGUUAAGGCAACUGCUGCUAGAUUAAUGACAUUUCUGCUGAUAUUCAGCAAAUUUCAAAAUUUAUGGAGAACAUUUAGCUCAUUGUGUAAAUAGAUUAGAAAAAGAAUCAGUAUGAUUCUGGAACUUGUUUCACUGGGGGGAACAAGUUAUUUUGUCUUAAAACUUUGCACUGUAUUAAACUUAAAUUUUAAUGUGAAGUGGUUUGAAUUUUUAUAUACUGAAGAGACCCAGAGAGAGGGGGAGCCACACAGGGUUUACACAUGCUACCAAAUGGUGUUCUCAUUGGGAAUGAGCCCACAUGUCAUGGUGUACACAGUCACUUUGUACAGGAACAUUUCCAUGAGUACUUUAGGUUGUUCAUGUACAUUUUUUCCUUUUAAAUGGAACUUGUUUUUAUGAUUUAAAAACGAUAGAAUUUUUCACUAUCAAAAAUUCAGAUGAGCCAUAAUUUUAAGAUAGUCAUCACUAAUUUUGGUCAAUCUUAGAAGCCAGAAAGGAUGUUAGGAACCGAACUAGGUAUCUGUAUGCAAACCUUUGUAUAUUUAAUGCAAAUUUUUUUGACAUCAUUUUGUCGAUUUUUAAAAAAUAUAAUAUGGGCUAUUCUAAAUACAGGUAAUGGGCUUUUUAAGGCCACUUUGCAUCCUGUUAAGAGGGUGUACUUUUUUAAUUUAUCUAAAGGCUAGAAUAUAGCCUGACUCAAAGAACAUAUGUACUCACUAGGUUUCAAUCAUAUAUAAAUAUAAAUAUAUAUAUAUAUAUAAUAUAUUUUUUGUAACUAAAAACUGUAUACAAAAGUAUGCAAAUAGGAGUUUUUCAAGAAUUAGAUUUUACACUGUUUAGAAUUCCAAAAACCUAUGCUGAAAAGACUGUUUACUGUAUUAGUGCAUGACUUGAGGAAAAUGUUCCCUUUACAUACAUAGAUAUACAUGAAUAGACAUAUCUAUAUACAUAGAAAUACCUACACUACACCCAAGGGGCGGAAUACUGCCACUGAAAUCAUGUAACUAUAUUGGGCAAUAAUAAUAGUUGGGGAUGAGGAUGUAUUAGCAGUAUACUAGACAGUGUUAUAAAAGAGAGCCCAAUUGGGAGGGUGGGGCAUAUGUCUAUAGAUAUAGAUGUGCAUGUAUAUACACAUACAGUUUUAUAAAUGUUCAACACGGACAUAGAGAGCAAGAGAGAGAGGGAGAAAUGUAUGCAUGUCUGCAUAAUACACAUAUGGAAUAUGUAUAUAUAUAUAUGUAUAGAAUUCUAGUUUGUCUGAGGUUUGUGACUUGCCUUGCACUUGGCAUUAUUUGAAGACCAUCAGACCUCUGCUGUGUAAAAUCACACGUGUUUUGUUUAAUAACAUAAAACGUCAGCCUGUUUGACAGAAUUUAGAUGAGGACCUUUGUCACAUUUCAGUAGCUACUAUGGCUACGUUGUAAUAUUAAAUUUAGCAUUCCAUAAGAAAAUAAUAAAAAUAAAAUUGGAAAUAUAAAAUUAAUAUGUGUGUAGUUGUGUAUUCAUCCAGAGGUUAGAGUUGAAACAUUGCUUCGAACCAUGUUUUUAUAUUCUUAAUUCAAGUACAUUGCUUCUGAGAAUUUGUUUUAUUGCAGCUUGAGAAUCUUUUUCCUUAGAAGUGCAUUUUGGCAUAGUGGAAAGGGCCAUGUGCUUAGAGUCAGUGCCCUGGGGUUUGAAUUUUGCCUCACAUAUAUGCUACCUGUGUGAUCUUUGCAAGUUGCAUAUACCUUCUGGGCUUCCCUCUCAGUAAUAAUGGAGAUGAUAAUAACUUGCAUUAUCUACCUCAUGAGAUCAUUUCGGGAGAAAGCUCUCAUUGCCAGCCUAGUCCCAUAUAAAUGUGAGUUAUUAUUUAUCAUCUUUUGGUCACUUGUGCUCCGCAGAUUAAAGGAGGGACCAAAAGAUAAACUAUGUGAAUUUGUUUGCCACAAGUUAGCUUAGAUGCCAAUGAGUGUGCUUGGGAAUAUUAUGUCUUUAUUAUCAUUUAUGAAAUUUUGAGGGUUUUUUGUUCAUCUGGUUUUUGAACUUCAAUUUAUCACACAGUGUCCUUUGCAGUUACUGAAGCCUAAGAAAUUUCAUUGUAUUUUCAGGUCACAGAGAAAACUAAACCUAACAUUUUAAAAAAUGAGAUGGGAUAGAGUUGUGUAAAACCUUUUUUUCUGACACACUGGGGAGAUGGUGCAUCUAAAGCAUGCAUUAAAUACAUUUUAAAUCAUGAAGAAUAACUUGGAACAGCAGUGUGUUUUGUCUGGUCUAGGCCUCAUUUUCUUCCAUCUAUAAAAACAGAGGUUGAAUUUAAUGACAUCUAAUGUCUGGCCCAUCUCUGAAUCUUAGGGUCAUGCUCUUAAGGGAGAAGAGACCUCAGAGGCCAUCCAUACAGGCCCACGCAUCUCUGAUUAGGAAUCCCUUCUGUAAUGUCCCUAAUAAAUACUCAUGUAUCCCGUCCUUGAUGGUGACUUGUGAGGAGGAGAUCUGCUGCCUUUUGAUAGCCCUUCUACUUUUGGCCUAUUCCAAUUAUCAGGAAGUUUUUCUCCUCCUAAUGAACCUGACCGUACCAUUUAUCUGUUGCUCAUCGUUCUGCCCUCUGGAGUACAGGGCUUGUCUGUUCCCUUUGCCACAAGAUGGCCUUUCAAACAGAAUUGGAAGGGAUCGUAGGGAUCAAAGGCCCAGCCUCCCUUUAUUUUUUACAGAUGAGGAAACUGAGGCCAAGAGAGGUGAUUGACUUGUCCAUGAUGAUUGAGAUAGUAAGUAGCAGAGAUGGGAUUUGAACCUGGCUGUCUAGCCCCAAAUUCAGUGUGUUCUAGCAUGGUGCUUAAUAAAAUGCUUAUUGACUGACUGACUAUAGGAAGGAAGGGAUGCAAUGAGAUGGAAAAAAUAGGAAAAUGGAGUCAGGACAGACUUAAGUGCAGAUGUGUACCUGACAUUUGCUAGCUAUUUAACACUGGGCAUAGAACCACCACAUCUCUGACCCUCAUCUAUAAAAUGGAGACAGGUGUAGCAGCUAUCUCCGUUGUCGUGAAGUGCAAAUGAGAUGUAAUUAAGGUGCUUUGUGAACCUUGAAACACCAUCCAAAAGUCAUGUAUUAUACCCCACUCUUCAUACCAGAACAGGUCAUAUAUGUAGGAAUUUUAUAAUAAGCUCCCAAAUAAUUAUGGGCUAUAAAAUGUACCACCACCUUUGUGCAGGGGAAGACGUGUUUAUAUGCCCAAAUGCCCCAUUGCUGUUUGGGUCCUGCAGCACAGUAAGAGGCAAAUUGUUUCCUUUCAAAGAGGGGCCCUUUACCAUGGUGCAAAUUAAUACUCUCAGGUUACAGGGUCCAGAUAUAACUGAUUGACAAGAUCAGUUCUAUAAUUAAAAGUGUAUGUUUAAUAUCGCUGCCUUUCUGCAUUUAUUUAUGAACAUUUGUGCCCUGACAAGAUGUUCAGUUUUUGUAAAUGUGCACUUAUUCUGAAAAAAAGUUUAUCAAUAUUCUCAUACAAUAUUUGCAGUAGGUCUAGCAAAUCUAUUUUUUCCAUCCUGUUCAUAUCCAGUUUCCUUAUUUUACUGUUAGUUAUUAAAUUUUGAAACAAUAGUCUCCUAUAAUUACUGUCUCAUAUUUCUCUGCAUUUGAAUCAAUUUUUCCUUUUAAGUAGUUAUUAUGCCAUUUGUUGUACAUAUAUUUUCUGAUAUUUUGUUGUUAUCUAUGGUGCCUUUAAGCAUAAUGAAGUUUUUCCUGUUUGUCACUCUUGUCAGUAUCAUUUUUACUAUUGCCUUAUCAGAAAUCAUGAUUGCAACUCCUUCUUUGGAUUCAGAUGAAGUAUAAUAAUAAAUGUUGUUUCAGCCCUUCACCUUAAAUCUGUUUUCCCUGUUUUAAGUGUGUUUCUUGUAUGUAACAUUGUUGCGGUCUGUUUUCUCUAAUCCAUUCUGUAACUUUCUUCCACAUUAGUGUUAAUUCUAUUAACAUUCAGUUUUAUAAUUGUUUAUUUCUCCAUCAAAUACUCUUAUAUGGCCUUAAUUUUUUUUUAAAUCAACAGAAUACCUUACAGCUCAUUCUGCUUAAAACAAUCCAUUUCCAGUUUUUUGCUCUUACACAAAAACCAUCUCCCUUUGCCCCUAAUGUGGUGCUCCCUUCCCCUCUGCCCCAUUCAAAUCUCCAAAUUCUGUUUUUAUUUUUGUAAUCUUUAUUAGCCUAGCCUUAUUCAGCCCAGAUAAAAGUAUAGUUUAGGAGCCUUCAACAUUCCCCUUCUAAGCUCCUCCUCACUUUCCUCCUCCCCUCCAACUGAUUCAUUCUCUCCUCUCCUCCACCACCCCUAUAUGUAGAAUUAGCUGCUCACAUUCCUAGUCUUUGUUAUCUUGAUAACCCUUCUGUAAGGUGGAAGUUCUAUUUCUGAUAGUAGAUGAACAUUUCCAUCAUUAAUUUAGUGACUUAUAUUUGCUCUUAUAAGUAUUGUGUAUUUUCUCAUGUAUGUAUAUAUUGUAUCUUUCUAGUAGAAUGUAUGUUCUUUGAGGUUAGGAAUUGUUUUGUUUUUGCCUUUGUAUCCCCAAAACGUAGCACAUGCA